CGGUGCGGGGCGGAGCCUAGUCCGAGUAGGCGCUGCGGGUCCCGGCUCAGCGUCACUGUGCUAGCGGGCCUGAGGUCGUCUCAGGUGAGGUCGUCGUCCCGGAAGUAUCUGUGGCUGUGGACCCUGGGUGUUGUAAGGAGCCUGCCGCGUAGUUGUUGUUAAGGGGCCGCGGCAUCACCCCGCUUCCUCCACCUUCCCUGCAGCAGCCAUGACGAAAGGCAGAGUUGUCGAAAGGUCGCAAACGGGGGCACUCCUUACGACCCCUCCGGGGGACAAGGCAGCGGGGCCGCGGGGUCCCUCGGCGCCAGGCAGCGGAGACCACCUGAAGGAGAAAGCCUGUGCAGAAGCUGGGUCAGCAAGAAUGUCGCUUCUUAUAUUGGUGUCCAUUUUCUUAUCUGCAGCUUUUGUUAUGUUUUUGGUAUAUAAAAAUUUUCCUCAGCUUAGUGAAGAAGAAAGAGUGAAUAUGAAGGUUCCCAGAGAUAUGGAUGAUGCCAAGGCUCUAGGAAAAGUUUUAUCCAAAUAUAAGGACACCUUUUAUGUACAAGUACUUGUAGCUUAUUUUGCUACAUAUAUUUUCUUGCAAACAUUUGCUAUUCCGGGCUCUAUAUUUCUCAGUAUACUCUCAGGGUUUCUUUAUCCCUUUCCACUAGCCUUAUUUCUUGUUUGUUUGUGUUCUGGACUCGGUGCUUCAUUCUGCUAUAUGCUCUCCUAUUUAGUUGGAAGGCCAGUUGUCUAUAAAUACCUGACUGAGAAAGCAGUAAAAUGGUCACAGCAGGUUGAACGUCAUAGAGAACAUCUCAUUAACUACAUUAUAUUUUUGAGAAUAACACCAUUUCUGCCUAACUGGUUUAUUAAUAUUACAUCUCCUGUGAUAAACGUGCCAUUGAAAGUUUUUUUUAUUGGCACUUUUCUAGGUGUUGCACCUCCCUCUUUUGUAGCAAUUAAGGCAGGAACAACAUUGUACCAGCUUACAACAGCAGGGGAAGCUGUUUCCUGGAACUCAGUAUUUGUUCUAAUGAUUUUGGCUCUUCUUUCUAUUCUGCCAGCCAUCUUCCAAAAAAAGCUAAAGCAGAAAUUUGAGUGAAUAAUCCUCUGGGUUUUAGUUUUCCUAUGAUCAUCAUCAUCAUCAUCUCUCAGGAUUGGCAGGUUUAUGUGUUAAAAUCACCUCUUCAGUAAAUGAAACAGGAAUUUGUAAAAUAAAAUUUCCUAUCCGGUGGUUAAAAUAAUGCAUUUAAGUGGCAAAGGAGAGAAGAAAGUAAAAAUGGAAAUUGGUAUACCAUGAAAAGUGCUGUCAGUAGUUAUGAUAGACAUCUCCUAAAUUACUAUUCCAAGGCUAUAGAUAAUAAACGUAGCAGCAUAGUAGGAAAUUCUUGACCCAACUGAUUAACUCAAUAUAUUUCAUGAACUGGCCGUAAAUACUUACCCUUGACUUGAUAAUUUAAUAUUUUUCUCUCUAUUCCAUACUAUAACUAAAAUAGGAAAAGCAAAUAGAAAAAUUCAAAAGCAAAGAUACAGUAUUGCUGUUCUGACUAAUGUUAGCCUUCUUUCAGAGCAUAAACUUGAAAACUAAAGCUCAAAAGAUAUUUACAUUUUCUUCCUUUUUACCUUUGAGGUAGUAGACUUGUUUAGAAGUUGCAUCUUAGUGGACUACUGAAUUUGGAAAAGAUAUCAAGUUAUAUCUAUUUAGUGAAUUUUAUUUUUGUCUUCUUCUGUUCUAGAUUAUCAUGGAUUGGUCUGAAAUUUAAAAUUCUGACCAGUCUGUUUUCAUUUGUUUCCUAGCUUUCAAAAUAUUUCCAUUGUGCAUAUACAAAAUGGCAAUGACAUGAUAAUUGUAUCAUAUUGGUGUUGAUAAUUUAUAUUCAGAUGAUAUUUUGUUACACAGUUCCCCUUUACUAUCUCAAAAGGGUAUCAAAAAAGGAAACGUUCAAAGUAUGCAGUUUUUAGAUGUUAGAUUAAUUAUGUUACUUUAUAUUUUGAAACAAAAACAGUGUCAGUACAGCACUCAAAUAAUUGAAUAUAGUUUAUUUGUUCCAAUGACUGUAAAGUUUACCUCAUUUAUUUAUUAGUCUGGUCAUUAAAGUAUGUAUUAUGUAAUUAUCCUUUUUUAUGCAUGAUACAUAAGAAUGCCUUGUUUCAUUUCUAUUGAUGGCUUUUUUGUUUGGGGCUGCUUUUGAUUAAUGCAGUUUCCCUAUUUAGGGUUUUUACUUUUUAUAUCUCAAAGUAAAAUUAAAUUCUUAUAUGGUAACUACUAUUUAAAUAGUCCUGGAAAAACUAAACAGCUUUUUGCUGCUUGCUUAACGGUAAUAUCCUCGAUCCCUUGAUUCUAGGACAUAAAGUACUCUGUCAGUUUUACCUUCACCCAAGACUGUCACGUUGAAAAGUACUUUAGCUGUGGAAGAAAUCCUUGUAUGUUUUUAUUGUGAGAGGUAUGAUCAGCCUCAAAGCCAGUUUCUACUACAUAAUGUGGACUGAUUAUUUUUUCUAUCGCAGUAUUAACAAAUGGAUUUAUUGUAAAUACAAAGAAAAUAUAUUAAUUAAUAUACUAUUCUUAUGUCACCUGGA